GUCACCUCGUUCUCUACACCCACCAAGUGGCAUCAUCUCUCCUCUGGCGCCGGCCGUUAAUCCACAUUCCGCACUCACCCAACGCUUAAAAGUCCCCCUUCCCGUAAACUCCUCCUACCUCCCCAUUUCCCUUUCGUCACUACCCUCCUUGAUGGGUUCCAUCCCCUACUCCGAAACCCAUCAUUGAGGCCUCACCCUUCAAUCCGGAAGCCCUUCCUCCAAAACCUCAAAUUCCCACCACCGAAAGAACACCUCAGAAUCAUAGAAGAAACGAUCACAAAUCCCAGUUUCACGAGGAAGAGAGUGGUCACAAUAGAGGGGUCUCGAUGGAUAGGCUCCUAAGCUUAGAGCCAUCGAAUCAGGUUGCGAUCCGCAUCGAACCGGGUCAGAAGUGCUACGGCGACCUCACCCUGCGGAACGUGAUGUACACCAUGCCGGUCGCCUUUCGGCUCCAGUCCGUGAACCGGACUCGUUACAUCGUCCGACCGCAGUCCGGCAUAAUCGCCCCGCUCGCUACCCUUACCGUGGAGAUCACCUACCUCCUGCCCCCCACCUCGCCCGUCCCCGACUCGGUGCCCCAUUCGGACGAUUCGUUCCUUCUCCACAGCGUGGUCGUUCCCGGGGCCGCCAUCAAGGACCCCUCCUCCACCUUCGACUCGGUCCCCAGCGACUGGUUCACCACCAAGAAGAAGCAGGUGUUCAUCGACAGCGGGAUCCGGAUCUUCUUCGUGGGAUCGGCCGUGCUGACUCGGCUGGUGGCCGCUGGGUCCAUGGACUCGGUCCGAGAUGUGCUGGAGAGGAGCGAGCCGGAGUGGAGGGCGGUCGACUCGGUGGACUCGGCCGGCCAGAGCCUCCUGCACCUGGCCAUCGCCCGGGGCCGGCCCGACUUGGUACAGCUUUUGCUCGAGUUCGACCCCAACGUGGAAGCCCGGAGCCGGGCCGGCAGCACGCCGUUGGAGGCCGCGGCGGCCACCGGUGAGGCGCUGAUAGUGGAGCUCCUUCUGGCGCGGCGGGCAUCGACGGAGAGUUCGCCGGCGUCGGCCCUGGGCCCGCUGCACCUAGCCGCGGCCGCCGGGCACACGGAGGUGCUGCGGCUGCUGCUGCGGAAGGGGGCUGCAGUCGACGCGCCGGCAGCGGACGGGCGGACGGCGCUGCACCUGGCGGUGGAGGAGAGCCGGCGGGACUGUGCGCGGAUGCUGCUGGCGGCGGGGGCGCGGGCGGAGGCGUGCGGAGGGGCCGACAGGGACACGCCGCUGCACGUUGCGGCGGCCGGCGGGGACGAGCAGAUGGUGAAGCUACUGCUGGAACGGGGAGGGGCGGGGCUGCGGGAGGUGCGGAACGCGGUGGGCCGGACGGCGUACGACGCGGCGGCGGAGGGGGGCCAUUCUCGUCUCUUCGACGUCCUGAGGCUGGGGGAGGGGCUGGCGGCGGCGGCGAGGAAGGGGGAGGCAAGAGGGGUGCAGCGGAUGAUCGAGCGAGGAGCGGCGGUGAAUGGGAGGGACCAGCACGGGUGGACAGCGCUGAUGAGGGCGGCGCUCAAGGGCAAGGUGGAGGUGAUGAAGGCGCUCAUGGACAAGGGGGCAGAGGUGAACGCCAGGGACGAGGAGGGGUAUGCGGCACUGCACUGCGCCGCCGAGGCCGGUCAAGCGGAGGCUGUGGAGGCGCUCGUAAAGCGUGGGGCCGACCUCGAGGCCAGGACGGUCAAAGGGGCCACGGCCAUGCACAUAGCCGGCUCUCUGGGCUACGCUGGGAUCGCCAGGAUCCUUGCGCAGGGGGGGGCCGUCGCCAUGACAGCGGUGGUUACCGGCGGCGGCGGGUUGAGGGCCGCGGCCGAGAAGCUGGGGAUGAGGAAGGUCGGGAACGGCGGCGGAGGGAUGAAGGAGCCGGAGACAGAGAAGAAGGCGAGCAGGAUGAGCGGUGGUCGGCUGUCGAGGCGGGGGCUCCAAAGGGCUGCGGCGCUGCCGGUUGCCUGAUCACAUAAAAAUGGUGCUGGGUUGUCGAAACUGUGAACUUCUGUUAACCAAUGGAUACAUCAUUAGUUAUUGAUUAUUUAUUUUAGUACCCCUCCAACUGGUGUAGUCUAUGUAGAUUUGUCAUUUCAAUGCUCAUAUCUGGAGAAUGUACAUGCGAUAAUUUUUGUGUUACAAACAAUCACCACCAUUAUGUUUCGAGGAUCUUGGGCAAAUUUUAACGAGUACAAAUAAAA